AUUUUAAACCUCUGAAUUCUGCGGUUAUUGUAGUUCGAACCCUGGCGGUGCUAACAUGCUCUGGGACUAUAGUAUUUCGUGCGUUUGAUCGAUUGACAUAUACUAGUAGUCUACAUGGUUUCAACAUUAACAAACUCUCGUGAGAGUUAUAAUGUGAUGAUGCAGUAUUCCUCAAUCCUUCUUAUCAUCACCGACAUGUUAUUUGAUCAGCAGCAUGAUGGAACUCGCAAGUAGGCACAUGUUUGAGACUGUAUUUAUCCACCUAAUCCCCCUUAUUCAUUCCAGAUUUAGUACUAGCAGGCUACCAAAUGAUGAGCUGGUCUGGCAGCUAGUUGGCACUCCUUGUUUGCUAGCACCUGCAGCAUGAAAAUCAGAAUCGUAUGUUGUUGAGUCAACAGUGUACUAGUACUUGAUCAGUUGCUCUGUACUUAUACUCCAGCUAGCAGUGUCACUUGUACUCUGCAGUGGAAGUGAUCAACUCGCUCGACGUUGGAAGUUGUCACGACAAUGGCUGGAGGGCCGAUGGACGUCUGGAAUGAGUGGGCGACGCAGAUCCUGGUACUCUUGGGCCUCACCCUCCAGAUUGUCCUCCAUGUUUCCGCCAAGGUUCGUCAGCGUGAAGCAAGCUCAGUUCUGUUGAGGCUCCUCCUCUGGCUGGCAUACCAGCUGGCUGACUCGACCGCGACAUAUGCCGUCGGCCAGCUCUUCUUCAGCAGUACAUCGCGCGACCACCACCUCGUCGCCUUCUGGGCGCCAUUUCUCCUGCUGCACCUCGGUGGCCCGGACAACAUCACAGCGUACGCUCUCGAGGACAGUAAGCUCUGGAAGCGCCACCUUCUUAGCCUUGUGGUGCAGGUCCUGGGAGCUGGAUAUGUCAUGUACAAGCAUAUCGUCGGCAGCGGUAUCUUGCUCAUGCUAGCUGCCAUAUUGAUGGCAGUCAUCGGUGUUGCAAAGUAUGGGGAGAGGACAUGUGCGCUGUGGUGCGCCAACUUCAGCACUCUCCAAAGCUCUCUCAAGCUGAUGGCACGUGAGAAACAUCACCAACAUUUUCAUGCCGAGCAUCAAGACCAGUACACAGACUUUGAUGAUGUUGAUGACGAGCUCCUUCUGCAGUAUGCUCACUCCCUGUUUCAUAUCUGCAAGCGUGGGAUAGUUGAUUCUGUGAUCGAUGGAGAUCCAGACAGCCCGAGCGAGGAAGAUUCUGCGACCAAGGAAAUAAUCUGGAGCCUUAGGGAUGACCGUGCACGCAUUUGGACGGUGAUGGAGAUGGAGCUGUCCCUUAUGUAUGACAUCCUGUACACCAAGGCAAGCGUGAUCCACUCUUGGUUUGGCUACUGCAUUCGUGUCGUCUCGCCUCUUGCCAUCGUCGCCUCUCUUGUGCUGUUCCAGCUGAACAGCAAAGAUGGUUACAGCCGAGUCGACGUUGCCAUUACCUACACCUUAUUGGGUGGCGCCUUAGUCCUGGAGACGAGAUCGCUCCUAGCUGCACUAGGGUCGAGCUGGGCGCUUGCAUUCUUGUGUGGCACACGAUGGAAUUGGCUUCAGCAUGCAGCUCUGUGCACUGGAAGGUGGCAUCGUCUUCGCCGCGCACUUGUUUCUCUCCGCCGGUCUCCACCUGGCAAGAUGAUCAUGGCUGGAAGCUCGAGAAGGUGGCCAGGCACCAUAGGGCAGCACAACAUGCUGCGGUUUCGCACUGGACAGCUGGAUCCCACGAGUCGCUGGCUAGGAGAUAUUUCCAAGAUGCUGGGACUCCGCGAGUGGUGGGACAGGAGGUGCUACUCGUGGACCAUCAUAAUCCCGGAGAAGGUCAAAGAGCGUGCGCAGUGGGUUUCAUCACAUGAUAUAAACACAAUGGGCUUGUUCAGGCAUAGGUGGGAUGAAUCAGCACUUCAUGAAAAGAGGUACCCUGGGCUCUACGAGCAGUUGAAGACAUAUCUUGGGGUUGACUUCCAUGAGAGCAUCAUCAUCUGGCACAUUGCCACCGACUUGAUCCUCGCUGAGAGGAAGCAAAGGGGGCAUGAUUCAGCUGAUCCCCGCGUGGAGGUUGUCAGGACACUUUCCAACUACAUGAUGUUCCUCCUGGUGGACCGCCCGUACAUGCUACCAGGCCUUCCUCAAAACUGGCUGUACAAGCAAACCUGCAAAAAUCUGGACAGGAUAUGCAAAAAACACCUCGUCCACCCUCGCGGCAACAGUUUCUGCACCAUGCUGGAGAAGUUGUUCCGACCACACCAUCACUCUGGCUUGGAAUCUUCUGAGCUUGAGGAGAAGCUCGCAGACAUCAUACUGAAUGAGCUGCAGGAGAAGAAAACCUCGGACUCCGAAAAUCCUCGGCUCAUGUAUGCACGCAAAAUUGCUGCUCUACUGCUUUUUGAUGAGAACGAUGAGCUGCGCGUGCUGCUAGAUUUGUGGACCAACUUCCUAGCCUAUGCAGCCAACCGGUGCAGCAGAGAGUCACAUGCCAGGAAGCUUAGCAGCGGCGGUGAGUUCACGACCGUCCUGUGGCUUUUGAUAGAGCACCUUUCCCAAGUAAAAGGAGGUGCAAAACAGGGGCAGAGCCGUGUAUAAUUCAUUUUAGUAGUUCAUGUCACCCACCGAUAAUGUAUAUCUUUUAUUUGGCA